UGAAAAUUUAAUUGUAAACACGAGUUGAGUUACGAACAAAAGUCAUCCUGUGUUAUUUAUUAACAUGAUCAUUGUUUAAUGGGUAUGAAAAAAUAUCUUCCAUAAUACUUUACGAGUGAUGUAUCUUGAGUAUAUUUCCUAAUUGAGAUAUGGAUUUUCUUAAAAAUAAUAUAUAUAUAUAUAUAUAUAUAUAUAUAUAUAUUAAUGAUUGUUCCAUAUUCUAAUAGUUAUAAUAAACAUAUAGUAUACUUUAUGGAUUUCCUUAAAAAUAUCUUCCAUAAUGUUUUCAAAAAUGGCGUCACCAAUUAUUAUAUAACUGUUUGAAGGAUUACUGACAAAGCAAAUCAUAAUCAAUGAUAAAAUUAACUAAAUGUUCUGUCGUUAUACAUUGGUUUCAUAACACUAUAAGUAAUACAACAAUAAAGUUGCUUGGAACCUUUCUCCAUGCUUUUCAUUAUUAGCGCUUUACGGCCCCACCCUUGUCAGCCUGUUGUUUCCGUAUUUCUAAGGUGUUUCUACUCGGAAAAGGUUCUGCUUUGAUAAAACCGACAAUUUAUUUACAUUACCCAACACAUUUAAAUUCUAUAUUCGAGCAGUGAUUGGAUGGAAAGAUGUAUUGCUUUUAUCCGGCGGGCUAUAAAACAACGUGUUUUCUUACUCAAUAACAGUAUUUUUCAGUCAGCACUGAAGUUUUCCUAACAAGGUGCAUCGGAGAAUCAAAUUAUUAUUUUACUUGUAUUACAUUGGCUACGUCAGCAGAUUAGAACGAUGUCCAUCCAGAGAUUUAAGUUGCUUAAUGUAUUGUCAGCCUCUGAGCUAAAACAGUUGUGUCGAGAUGCUCAAAUGAAGGUGUCUGGUACGAGGCGGGAGAUGGUUUUGCGCCUACUUGGCAUAAAAGAUGUGAAGACCAGAAUUUCCAUGAAUACUGUUAACAGAAUGCUUGAAAAAGAAGGCGUCACAAAUAUCAGUAGCGUCAGCAGAUGUCUUCGAGUAGGAAUCCGGAUGGGUUACAUUGACAUCAGCGGUGACAAACCUUUGGACAAUGUAGUAAUUUCCGAUGCGUGCUUUCUUUGUCAUCAUAAACUAGAAGUGGCCAUCCGGGACCUCCUCUACCAGCCAGAUCAUCCAAGAUAUGGGUCCACUGGUCUGGACGCAGCUGUGAAAUGUCCGAACAAAACGUGCAAACAUGGCUUGUAUGUGACCGGCAUGUGUUGCGAUUCUAUGUACAUUAACUCUGGUGAGAAGUUCUUCCAUUUUGGCGAAUGUUACGGAGAUUAUCUCAAAGAGGUCUGUGAAGGAUGCGGUUGUUCUUUUUACUCAUGUAGAGGGCGCUUCCAGUGCCCAUGUGUAUAUACGGGUACGGAUUACGGCACCUUUGAUGAGGCCUUUCUCGAAUCGCUUUAUUCUUCUAGAGCUAGAGAGUAUUCCCCAGAAGAUAUAUAUAACAUGAUGUACAACGACAACUAGGGAUACAAAUGAUAUACGAGAGUUUUAUAAUACAUGCUUUUCUGGAUUUUGGAUGCCUCUUUGAUCGUUUGUUUCUCUACGAUGUUUUAUGUAUUUUUAACAAGGGCAUAUAGGCAUAGACUGUGAAGCAUAUUUAUGUAUAAUUCUUGGAGUUAAGAUAUUUGAAUUGCUAUUCUGCAGUGUGUUAAAUAAAUUGUGUAUGCAUGUUCUCUAUGUAA